AUGACUGACAAAUUACCACCAAAUUUGUUGGCACUUUUUGCGCCUCGACCUCCGCUUCCUUAUGCAAAACCGUUGGAUCGCGAUCCUGCUAAGCGUAAAGGUCCUACAAUUUCCGGUGUUGGUCAGUACAUUUCUCUACUGAAAGAUUAUGAUCCGGAUUACGUUCCAACAGAAACAGUUGAAGAAAAGAAGAAGCGUAAACUUGCCGAGAAAAAGCAAAAGGCGGAGGAAGCUAUUAAAAAAGGGCUUGAAGAAUGGGAUCCAAAUAAUGAUGAUAAUGUCACUGGUGAUCCGUUCAAGACUUUAUUUGUCGCAAGAAUGUCCUAUGAAAUGACAGAAAAAGAUUUACGACGAGAAUUCGAGAUGUAUGGUCCUGUCGAAAAUAUAAGAAUUGUGAAAAGAAAAGGUAGUGGCCUACCUAGAGGUUAUGCUUUUAUUGAAUUUGAGAGAGAAAAGGACAUGAAAGCCGCUUAUAAGGAUGCAGAUGGUGUUAAGCUUCUAGGUAGACGUAUUUUGGUUGAUGUAGAACGUGGAAGGACCGUUAAGGGUUGGCGACCUCGUCGACUAGGUGGUGGACUUGGAGGAACUCGUAUCGGGGGUCCUGAACAAAAUCAAAAAUACUCAGGUAGAGAAGGUAGUUACGCUAUUCAUGCGAGCCAUCCACCUCCAGCUUCUUCUUCUCAUGAUAGGGAACAUCGUGGUCAAUCUCGAGGCGGAAAUGGUGGAGGGUAUGGUCAUGGUGGUAGUAGUAGUGGGUCUAGAUAUGGCAGUAGGCAUAGUGGUAGUUAUGGAAGUAGUUACGAUCGUGAUCGAGAAUAUAGUAGACGACGUAGUGGUCGCAGUCGUUCAAGGAGUCCUGGACGAUAUAGAGAGGAUAGAUAUGGGUCGAAAG